AUGAAUAAUCAAAAACGAACUGGAAAAGAAAUCGAAGAGGAGCAGAUUUGCAAAGUGCCGAAAAUGGAGGCCAACGAUAUGGAGCAACCAGUUCUGUUGCAGAACCAGAAAAAAGAUGGACCAGACAACAAUACCGAGUUCCAGAUGAUCCCUUACUCUUAUUUUGAUGAAAAAGGUAAGGGAUAUUAACAAAACUAUUUUUUGAAAGUUUAUAUGAUUCCAGGUGAAGACAACGACUUCGACGAUCCGGGUAUUAUUAGCAAAGACGAUGAAGCCGCAGAGAAACAGGUACAUGAAUUUCAGACAGUCAGAUAUAGUUUACGUUCAUAAUUGCAGGAAAAGCCGAAAACGUGCCUGAAACUAACUAAAUCAUUCGAAAAGGAGGUCGAACUCGUCAGAGAGAUGAUGAAAAAUGGACAGAAGAUGCUAGAGCAGGAGGCAGUUGCGGAGAAAAGGCGACUGAAGAAGAAAAAUCGGAAGAGGAAGAACGCAAAGUACUCAAAGAAGCCGCAGAACUAUUGGAUCCCAGCUUUCGAUUCUUCUCUGGAAGCAUCUGACGAUUUGUCUGAUGACGACGUCGUGGAAGCACAACUCAUCGUGUACUAG